UCAUUUCCACCAUUGUGAGAGGCACCGUGCAACCAGACAGACUGGCUGCAAGUCCUAGGGAAACGAUAGCAGGACAAAAGCACAGAAACCCAGCACAAGUUGAUGCAAGCAAAGAAACAAGAAAAAAACAGCUUUUGCAAACAAGCUAGCUGCUGGGUUUCAUAAAGAGCCGGACUGACUUUCGGUGUUUCAUUUGGACUCCAGCUAGGAAGCUGCAGCAGCUGCCGAGGACUAAAACUCCUGAAUGAACAGCAGCUUUCAUAUUAUGCAUCCUGCUAAGCAACAGCAAGGGAAGUAAGAGACGGGGUUCUGAGUCACAAGUGCCGUUCCAAGGACAGUUCUGACAACAGCCAGACAGCAAGCGCACCUUGAGCAGAGCUUGCUACGACAUCUUUAAGCACCUCAGCUGUAGUUCCUUAUCUCCGCAGGCUUUUUUCCUGUGUUUACCUGGUGUCUCCUGACAGAUAUUUCAACUGUAGCUGGCUCAGCUGAAGAUGAGCACCGUGUUUCUCCUGCUCCUGGUGGCCACCGCCAGCGUCGGCGCCGUGCUGGAGAAGGGCCUGCCGCGACGGGAAUCGCGGCGCCUCUCGUGCGUGCGGUGCUGCGGGCCUUCCGAGCAGCCCGUCUCCAUCAUCUCCUCACGGUACACGAGGAUGAGCAGCGACCCUGCUUUUUCGGUACCCAAAGUCCAGCCCACCAUCGAUAUCACCAUCCUCAAAGGUGAGAAGGGUGAAAUGGGAGAAAAAGGGUACCCUGGAGCAGUUGGGAAGGAAGGAGAGAGGGGUCUACGUGGCUUUAAUGGACGGAAGGGCCAGAAAGGUCAGCCUGGCCCACAGGGCCAUUCCUGCAAGCAGCUCUAUGCUGCUUUUUCAGUGGGUCGGAGAAAGCCCCUUCAUAGCUCAGACUACUUCCAGCAAGUCAUUUUUGACACUGAGUUUGUGAACCUCUACAAGCACUUCAACAUGUUCUCAGGGAAGUUCUUCUGCUAUGUGCCAGGGAUCUACUACUUCAGCCUCAACGUCCACACCUGGAACUUCAAGGAGACCUACCUGCACCUGAUGAAGAACGAGAAGGAGGUGGCCAUCCUCUACGCCCAGCCCAGCGACCGCAGCAUCAUGCAGAGCCAGAGCCUGAUGCUGGACCUGCAGGAAGGAGAAGAGGUCUGGGUGCGGAUGUUCAAGCGGGAGCGAGAAAAUGCCAUCUACAGCGAGGAGUCUGAUGUUUACAUCAUCUUCAAUGGCCAUUUAAUCAAGCCAGCUGUAGAGUAGCUGUUCUUCAGCUUCAGUCUCAAAGCUUUGGCAGGGCAUUAGUGUCUUCCCUCAUAGAAAUGCACGUCUAGCUCCACUUGGAAGGACUGCAGCUGGCAGCCUCCUGGCCUGCAGAUGGGGAUGGGGCUGUCUGUCCAUGCCAAGGACACCUAUGUGGAUGGAGGUGGUGGUGUUUCAAGGUGAUGCAAGCUAUGAGUACAGAGAAGGUUUAACCCUUAACAUGCCCUGGAGACAAAGCACAGAAGGCCCCAGUUGUACAGCCCUGUAUAGAUCCCCAGGAUCAUCCCUGAAGUCUGCCAAGUUGGAAGCAAAAAAUAUAGUGUCUGCUCUGCUUUGGAAAAGGCAUUUUGAAUUGGCUGUAAUGGUCAUCUUCAGACACCUGUAAUCUGGUGGCUAGUUAAGGAAUGUAUCUACUCCUAAAACAAUGCUUAUAUCUUUGCAGUGUGUACUAUUGCUAAUAAGAGCACCUACACCAGGUCUGCUCCAUUCAGGUGAGCAAGACCACACCAGUAUUAAGAAUAUUUUGCACAGUACAUUUACCCUAAAUUACAUUUUUUUGUUCCAUUUCAUGUAAUACUACAUUCUGAGAGCAUAAUGCUAGAAUUACAUAAAUAACAGUGUAUCGAUAUGAGAAUACUUUGAGGCAUAGUUUUAAGUACAGCUGCAGCCACAUGCCAUAACUUUGCUAGACGGCUAUAUUGCUAGCAAAACUUUUUGCACCAGAACAUCCAGCACAGGUGGGAGCACAUUUAUUUCCAUUUUUAAGGAAAACAACAGGCUCUGCCCUGGGAUCUGAUUCGUGAGUGCUCAUGGCCAAGCUGGAGCCUGAGGCCAUCCUGGUGUCUGGAAACUACCAUCUUACAGCACCAUCUCUGGCAGCUGGAGGAGGAAACUGGGAAGAAAAAUGGUGCUUUUCUAAAAGCAGCAAUAUUUCAGGGGAUUUGGUUUCCUUUCUUCACCCCAAAAGGUAUUGAUAUAACAGUGGAAAGGUACAUGCAACAGCAAGAAGCCUUGUUUCCCUCAGUUCCUCCAUCCCCAUUUCCCUAGUCUCCUGUUUGCAUCCCAAGCCAUUUGUAUGAAGGAUACAUGAAAAGUUCUUGCUAGGCAAAUUGCUUCACUGCUGUGCCUCACCACAGCUAUUCAGAAAAGUAGCUGAAAUAAACAUUUUGCUUUGAAUACA